CCGCGCGUUUGGUCCACUUGUUCCUUGUAGAAUCCGAAAGUAUUUUCGGUCGUUUGAAACAGUUCUGUAGUUAGCUAGUCAGAAAUGGUCUAUUUUAGGUGUAGUUGGAUUUGACAUGUCAAAACGAACAGAUUAACACUAUUUUAAAAUAAGAAGACCCCUGUAGGCCUGUAGGACAGUUUGAAUGUUGCCGGCGAGAUCCAGCUGGUGAUGGACGUCAGAACACUCCACGAGAUUGACGAGGAGCUCGUGAAGAGCGAGGUGGCUGCACUGAAGUUCCUGUGUACGGACUUCGUCGGUAGGAAGCGUCUAGAAACCGUAAAGGACGCGAAAGAUCUCUUCCAGCGUUUGGAUGAGCAGGAUUCGCUCGGUGAGGGGCACCUUCUAGCCGAACUGUUGUACACCAUCGGACGCUAUGACUUGCUUGUCAGUCUGGGCACCAGCAAAGCAGAAGUACGCAAAAGGCUGCAAGACCGAAGGGACUCUGGGUCUGGAGUUUCAUCUUACAGAAAGAUGCUCUAUGAGCUAUCUGAAGCCAUAACAAAUGAAAACCUUCAUGCUAUGAAGUUCCUUCUGAAUGGAUUACCUAGGGCUAAAAUUGGGGAAUCUGCUACUUUUCUGGAUGUUGUGGCAGAGAUGGAGAAGAUGCAGCUUCUCUGUGAAGACAAUCUGGAUGAAUUGCAGAAUGUUUUAGAGAACUGUGAUAAACAGCUGACCAGUAAGGUAGAAGACUUCAAGAAGAGGCACAGUACCAGGAAACAAACUGACAGUUGUGAGUCAAAUAUGGUGAUCACAGAUGCUGAGGAGUCAUCUACAAUAGACCUACCAGAAAAGCUAACAGACGUUUAUCCAUUGACGCGACGGCCUCGUGGAUGGUGUUUGAUCAUCAAUAACUAUAACUUCAAGAAAUGUAAACUCCCGAACCGACCAGGGACCAAUAGAGAUGCAGAGGAUCUCUCUGAACUGUUUUCCAAGAUGUAUUUUGUGCUGAAGGUGAAUACUGACCUGUGCAGUUCAGAAAUGCGUGCAUUGGCACAGGAGUUUGCAGCGAAAGACCACUCCCAAAUGGAUGCUUUCAUCUGCUGUGUCCUCUCCCAUGGAGGGAAGGGGACGGUCUUUGGCACGGAUGGCAUUGAAGUUUCGAUCCGUGACCUCACUCUGCCUUUUGCUCGUUGCCCUACAUUACUGGGCAAGCCCAAGGUGUUCUUCAUCCAGGCGUGCCAGGGCGACCUCUACCAGCGCGGCAUGUACAUCCAGGAGGAUUCUGGCGUGAAUCGAUGUGAGGACACAUACGAAGCAGAUGCCAGGAGUGUCGCACUCAGCAGUAUCCCCAUUGAAGCAGAUUUUCUGAUCGGAAUGGCAACAGUGGAGCAAUACAAGUCAUUUCGCCACGUCAGCAAUGGGUCCAUCUUCAUCCAGGCACUCUGCAAACAGCUGAAUCUCGGCCUGCGGAGCAAAGAUGACAUCCUUUCCAUUAUGACGAAGGUGAAUCGAGACGUGAGCACCCAAAUGUUACUGGGCCACAAGCAGAUGCCUGAGCCUCGCUACACUCUGACUAAGAAGUUGGUCUUUACUCUGGACUGAGUCGUCCUUAUCAACUUAGACAGGAAGUUGCCUCUUAUAACUGUGUCUCUUUGCAGUUUUUCAUUACUCUGUAUGGCUGUAAGUCAUGAAUUUAGCAAGUGUCACAUCACUGACAUGAUGUGAAUGAAUUACUGGGUGUUUGGUUAUGUUCUUAUGUUGUAUGUACAUUAUAUAAUUAUGGAAAUGCCAUAUGGUCUUGGAAAAUCAGUGACUUUGCAUGCAGAAAACAGUAAGACUUUUUCUGCAUAUAACAGGCAGUGUUAGAAUGCAUACAGCCUCAGUCUAAGCCUAUUCUAUCUAACUCUAAAUAAUACAUAAAACAAGUUAUAUUUUUAAAGAUACUCUAUAUAAAUACUAUGCAAGCAAUUUCUUUAAAUAUGUGCUUAAAUAAUAAAAGGGUUUUUUAUGUGUUUCAAGAUAUUCUAAUUUCAUAUAUUUAUAAAAGUUCAGUUUCUUUUACAAAAUUCUCCAUAUUAAAUACAGUUUUGUAAGGUCAUUAUAGUAAAUAGAGUAUUGUAAGCUCAUUAUUUUUGGUAAGAGUAUAGAAAAGUAAUGGUUUUGCAAAAAGGACUUAAUACUAUGAAAUGUGUAUCAGGAUACAGUAUUUUCUGCAGGUGUGACUGGGGCGGCAGAGAGGACGCGAGAGGCGAAGUUCCAUUUUCACGUUCUUUAUUAUUCAUGUUCUUUCCGCGUUGUGCAUCGAGUCUAGUGGAUGGGUCGGAGCGGAGUAGCUUCUCUGCAGUAAGCUCGCGUCGUUUGGCUACUAAUGUGCAGCCCCAUCCUUGCGAACCUGUGGGUGUAUAAAUACAGGUGCAGGUUAAUGAGGUUCAGGUGUCUCCUGUCAGAAGACAGGUGAUUGUGAUUGAGGAAAGUGCAUGACAUGGUCCUGGUCCUGCAGGGCGUCUCCCCCUUUUGGGCACCGGUCUGCCGUGACAGCAGGUACAUGAAGUAUAGCAAAUUGAUUUAACCCUUCAUAACAAAAGAGGGUACUAUACAACCAGGAUAAACCUUUUCAGAAGUGACAUUAUGGCUCAUUUUAAAAUGCAGAUGAAAUCUGUGUUUUGUUCUUUACCUUUUGCAUUAAUUCAGGCUUGAGCAGUGCCAGGAUCCCAAGUGCUUGAUGAAUACACAGUGCGUCAGCACUUCUGCCACUACUCUCUGAUCAAAAUUCAAAGUUUAUUUGUCACGUACAUAGUCAUACAUUGUAUAACUGGCAGUGAAAUGCUCUGCCACACAUACAAUGUUCACCAUGUAACAUCAGGUUGCUAUACUAUAGAAGUGAGACUUGUAUGGUUAAUAUAAACCAUAUUAGUAUGAUUCACGUCAGCUCUUUAUAAUGAAAAUCCGAACCUAACAGUUUUGGGGUAAGGGAGCAGCUCGGAAGCCCAUCUCCAAGAUGCACGGCAGCGUUCCAGUGUCCUAGGUACAAUGAGAAAUAUCUUUGUGUAUCCAAUGUGGGGCAAUAAAUAAGGUAUGUAAUUAACUACUAUUAGUGAAUUACUGUAAAAUUUGCAGUUGUGUGAUACUGUUGACUCCAACUGCAGGGUGUAGUACUUGUCUAUCCUCCAGGUGUUAUUCAUUACUGUAGAUCUACUUGCUAUACUUGUCUAUGUUAUGUAUUGGUAGUAUAAAAGAAGAAAUUGUUUUCCAGAAUAGCUUUAUUAUUAAAUUUAAUGCUUGAAGUAUCUAGUAUCUUUUUCUCUACUCCUGUAUAGAGUUAAUGUAAGGGUUAACCACUCCUGCAGAGUUAUUGUAAUGGUUACCCACUCCUGCAUAGGCUUAGUUUAAGGGCUAACCACUGCUAAGCAUAGAAAUAGUUGGAACAACUGUAGGAAGGACAUUUUAAGAGCAGAAACACUGAGCUGGAGCAUCCUUCAAACACAGAAUUACACCCAUUUCCUCUGUGUAACGUACUGUGCUCUUCUUAAUGUCUCAAACGCAAAAUAUUUUCCUAAAUGGUCCUUAACAGAAUAAUAAACAUUCUAAUUAUAUUGA